AUGUCGUCCUUCGAAAUCGAGUUCGACAACGCAGCAUUCACAGGAGACCUCACGCGCGCUGCAAAACUAAAAGGAAAAUCCAACUACUUACUGUGGAAAAACGAAAUUGCUGAAAUUUUCCAACGCCAUCUCUUGGAUCUCUACACCGCGACCGACGAGGACUCCAAAGACGAGGUUGAUAAUGGAGAAGAACUCGAUCCGGACGCUCUCAGCUACUUAUCAGCAUGCAUCCAAAGCACCUUCCACGAUGAUCUAAACUUUUACGUCUGGCAGGAACUCAGCCUCGAUUCGCGGAAACUGUGGAAGGAGCUCGAUGAUCGAUUUUCACCCAAGGGAAAGUGGGCGUAUAUCAGGUGCUCGGUGAAGCUGAAUCGAAUGCAGCCUUACAACUACCAGAACGACGAUCAGUACUGCUUUCAUGAGAAGUUGCUUGUGAUGCAGAGGAAUGCGACAGGCGUUCGUAAGACUGGCGACAUUGAGGAUAUGAUUAGGAUCGUGAAGGACUUGCCGGAUUAUCUGGAAUAUUUAACGUUGAAGUGGUGUGUCGCUGAGGAGGACGAUUUGACAGCUGCGAAAAUGUGCCAGGAAGUGAUGUUGGCGGAGGAGAGGUAUACGAUGCCUGAGGAGGUAAAGUCUGGAGAUGAAUUUGAGUUGAGUUUCAGGACAGAACCCCACAUAUUGGGAUCUGAAUCUCCAGAAGCUGGGGAGUAG